AUAGAGAUCGAUCCCGGGUUGAAGGAAUGUUUCUUUGAAUCUUUACAACCACAAGAUAAAAUGACGGUAACGUAUGAAGUAGGAGCCAGUUCCGGUAAUCAUCUGGAUAUUGAUUUCUACGUGACUGAACCUUUGGGCGAAACGAUUUACACUUCUUUCAAACAAUCUCAAGGAACGUUUUCAAUUCAAGCUACACAAGCUGGGAGAUAUACUUAUUGUUUCUCUAAUGAAAUGUCAAGUUACGCUAGGAAGAUUUUGUCGUUUAACGUUCACGGUACACUUUACGUUAGUGAUGAAGAACAUAUAGCACCUGUCGAACAAGAAAUAAGAGAUCUUAGUACAGGAUUACAGUUGGUAAAAGAUGAACAAGCUUAUUUCGUUGUUAGAGAAAGAGUUCAUAGAAAUACUGCUGAAUCAACAAAUAGUAGAGUCAAAUGGUGGGCCAUCGUUCAAACUGGUAUAUUGUUCGCAUUGGGAGGAUGGAAUUUACAUUAUCUCAAAAGUUGGUUCGAGGUGAAAAGGGUUUUAUGA